GUUAAAUAUAAGUGUAUUUGCACGUGUACAGCCACGCGUCGUUACAAACCGGUUCACUCCUCCAAGUAUCAAUACCUCACGUCUAAAUCUCAGCAUGUUGCGUAUCAUCGCCCUCAUUUGCCUCAUCGCCUUCUCUCUGGCUGAUAUCCAUCCUGUCGAUGACGUCACAUGGUCUGAUGACAUUGCACAGAAAGUCAACGCUUUAAACACGACCUGGCGUGCAUGCGGCGACCAUUUUCGUGGUUUGUCUAGAGAUGCGAUCAAAUCGUUGAUGGGAACGCGUUUGGAUGAGAAACACAGAGAAAUGCUGCGGUCACUUCCUCUUGUUUCCUAUGUGAGUGAUGGUCUACCGAAGGAGUUUGAUGCGCGUGAGAAAUGGCCACAGUGUCCGAGUAUUAGUGACAUACGAGAUCAGGGAGACUGCGGCAGUUGCUGGGCUUUUGGUGCUGUGGAGUCCAUGAGCGAUCGUUAUUGUAUUCACUUGAACAUUCAUAUUAACAUCUCCGCUGAAGAUCUCAAUGACUGCUGCUCGGAGUGUGGCAACGGGUGUCAGGGUGGAUAUCUUGUUGCAGCUUGGGAGUAUUGGGUUCGUCAUGGUCUGGUGACUGGUGGCCAGUAUGGAUCUCAUUCGGGCUGCAAACCUUACAGUCUUCCCAAGUGUGAACAUCACGUUGAUGGUCCAUACCCGAGGUGUCCAUCAGCUAUACACAGAACACCAAACUGUGAAAAGAAAUGUGAAGACGGAUAUGGAAAGACGUACCAAAAGGACAAACAUCAUGGAAAGAGUGCACAAGCUGUUGUGCCCAGUUGGAAGGUUAUUGCUACAGAGAUCAUGACGAAUGGGCCAGUCGAGGGAGCAUUUACAGUUUAUGCAGAUUUUGUCACUUAUAAGUCAGGUGUGUAUACGCAUGAAACUGGUGAUAUGCUCGGAGGCCAUGCCAUCAGGAUACUCGGAUGGGGAGAAGAGGACGGAACUCCUUACUGGUUGGUUGCAAACUCAUGGAAUCCAACAUGGGGCGAUAAAGGUUAUUUCAAAAUCAUUCGUGGAAGAGACGAGUGUGGCAUUGAGAGCGGCAUCGUAGCCGGUUUACCUAAAAAUUAAGUCCAAGCCUAACACGCAGGCAGAUUGACAAGACGAGGAUCAAGCUCUAUCAUGCUUGCAUCCCUCUAAAUUGACACAAAUGUUGCACAAUAGAAUGGGCUGCUGUGUGUAGUAGUAACGUGAUCAUUAGUAGUCACGUGAUUAGUAGUCACGUGCGCGCGUUAUUAACACAAUGAAAACGUUUGAUUUGAUUGAAUAAUAAUUCAGUUAGAUACAGUAAGACAAUAUUAAAAUAAGUCUC